AAUCAGAAAAAAGUUUGACUGUCAAGUAGUAUCAGCUUUUAUAUCCUAAGAGCUUGUACUUAACUGAUUGCUUGUAUUCAAUUUUGUAUAUAAAUUGACUGAAAAAAAUGGCUGAUCACGCUACCACAUCAAGCAAGGCAAAAAUGGCUUCUAAUGACAAUGGACCCGGUAAGGAGAAAACUGGUGAGAAGCCCGCUUCGAAAUAUGAUCCCAAAUUGCAAUGUAUCAUGUCAAAACUUGAUCAUAUUGAAGCUAAAAUCAUAAAAUUGAAGUAUUUGGAACGGAAGAAUAUGGCACUUUCAAAGUCUAAUUCUUAUUCUUUACCAUCGGAGCUUAUUGUUGGUAAUCAGCAGGAAAUUGAUGCGCGCUCGGUGUAUGUUGGCAAUAUUGAUUAUGGCGCAUCGGCUGAGGAGUUAGAGGUAUUUUUCCUAAGAUGUGGUGACGUGAAUAGAGUAUCUAUUGUACGCAAUAAGUCUGAUGGUCGUCCUAAAGGAUUCGCAUUCAUUGAAUUUGCCAAAAUUGAAUUUGCGCAAAAUGCUUUAUCUUUGAAUGAGACUAUCUUCAAGCGGAGACCACUCAAAGUGAUGAAGAAACGGAGUAAUUGGUUUGAGUACUACGGUCGUGAUCAUUAUGACUGUAUGUGUGGAAGCGGUGUUAACUACAUGCAUGGACCUUACCGUUCAUUGAAACACUAUCGCAAAUCACCAUAUUGAAAAAAAAAAUAAACGUUAAAAACUUUUUUUUUUUCAAAAAAUCUAAAAUAUAUUAUUAUCGCCCUAAAUUACUAACUGUGCAGUAAUAUAUUUACAGUUCCAGUACUAUUUUUGAAAUUAAACAACAUUACAACAACAAUUA